GCCCACCCCAGGUUAGGCCCCGCCCCCAAACCUAGCCCCUCCUAACCCCACCCAUUUCCUCCCCCUCCUUUCCCCCACCCAAGGCUAGACCCCGCCUCCAAACUUAGCUCCUCCUUCCCCUCCUCUCUCCGCCCCGUCCCUUCCCCCCUUCCCUUCCUUUCGCCUCCCAGGACAGGCCAGACCCCCUCCUCCCCUGCUUGCCCCCUCCUCCCCCACUUCUUAUCCUCUCCCUCCCCUUCUUUCUUCCCCUUCCCCUUCCCUCUUUUCCCCUCCUCUUGGAGAGCUAGGCCCCACCCUCUCCUCCUCUCCCCACCCCCUCGCUUCCUUCCCGUCCCCUCCAGCCGCCGCAGCUCUUUCCCAGUCUCUCUCCAGUCUUUCCCUUUCUCCUCACUUCCCCUCCUCUCCCUUCUCCACAACCCCAAGCUAGGCCCCGCCCCCGUCCCUACUCCUCCCUCCCGGUCCUCCUUUUCUUCCCCUUAGCUGGCUAAGCCCCGCCCCCUCCUCCCCUCCCCGAGCCCCUCCUUUCCCUCCUCUCAUCCCGCCCUUCUCACCCGCCACAUCUCUCUCUUCCUCCAUCCCUCCUUUCCCUUCCUUUUCUCCUCCUUAGUAGGCUAGGCCCCGCCCCCGGCCGCCUCCGCUCCUUCCGCUUUCUCUCCUCUCGCCCUUCCCCGCCUCCCCAAGAUAGGCCCCGCCCCCUGCCGCCUCCUCUCUACUCCCCUCUCCUCGCUCCUCUUCUCUCCUCUCCCGGGCCGGGCUCCGCCCCCGCCUCCCCGGCUCCUCUCCCUGCUCCCUGCGAGGCGGUGGCGGCGGCGGCUGAGGCGGCUCCGCCCGGCUCCGGCUCCGGCCCCGGCCCCGGCCCCGGCCCGGCGUGAGCAUCAUGGACUUCAACGUGAAGAAGCUGGCGGCGGACGCGGGCACCUUCCUCAGCCGCGCGGUGCAGUUCACAGAGGAAAAGCUUGGUCAGGCAGAGAAGACUGAAUUGGAUGCUCACUUAGAGAACCUUCUAAGCAAAGCUGAAUGCACCAAACAUUGGACAGAAAAAAUUAUGAAGCAAACAGAGGUGCUAUUGCAGCCAAAUCCUAAUGCUAGAAUAGAAGAGUUUGUUUAUGAGAAGUUGGAUAGAAAAGUUCCAAGUCGUAUAAACAACCAAGAACUUUUGGGGCAAUACAUGAUUGAUUCAGGGAAUGAGUUUGGCCCAGGAACUGCUUACGGUAAUGCCCUCAUCAAAUGUGGAGAAACACAAAAACGAAUUGGAACAGCAGACAGAGAACUGAUUCAUACAUCUGCAAUAAACUUUCUUACUCCUUUAAGAAACUUUAUAGAAGGAGAUUAUAAAACAAUUGCUAAAGAAAAGAAACUACUGCAAAAUAAGAGACUUGAUUUGGAUGCAGCAAAGACCAGACUGAAAAAGGCAAAAACUGCGGAGACUAGAGCCUCAUCUGAACAGGAAUUAAGAAUAACUCAGAGUGAAUUUGACCGUCAAGCAGAGAUUACCAGACUCCUUCUGGAAGGGAUCAGCAGUACACAUGCCCACCAUCUUCGCUGCUUGAAUGACUUUGUGGAAGCCCAGAUGACUUACUAUGCUCAGUGCUACCAGUACAUGCUGGACCUGCAGAAACAACUUGGGAGUUUUCCAUCUGCCUUCAUAUCUAACAACAAUCAGGCUUCCACAACUUCCACGUCCAACACCUCCACUUCCUCAUCAACCCCAGUUACCUCCUCUCUGUUGCCUUCAGCAAGUAGCACAAUUGUUACUCCCUCCCUCAGUGACUUGAAGGAAUCCAGCGGAAGUAGGAAGGCCAGGGUUCUCUAUGAUUAUGAUGCUGCAAACAGUAGUGAAUUAUCACUUCUCGCCGAUGAGGUGAUCACAGUAUACAGUAUCGUUGGCAUGGAUUCAGACUGGCUGAUGGGUGAAAGGGGAAACCAAAAGGGCAAAGUACCAAUUACUUACUUAGAACUGCUCAACUAAGUGGGGGCCUCUAUCCAGACUACCAGUUAUGACAUAAUAUUUAUAAAUGAUUAACUAUGUAAAGCAGGUUUAAGUGUCUUCCAUGUUAAUGUCUUAAAAGAGACUCAGAAACUACCAGCCAUCAGAACUAGGCUUUUCUGCCAAUAACGUUGCAUGGUAAAUUUUUCAUUGCUUCAGAUUUGGUGUUAAGAGCUUUUUACUUCGUGCCAAGGAUGUUUUCUUACAGGAUUCUCUGUUUCUACUGAAGUUUUCACUAACAAACGGAUUCUACUUUUGAGUAAACCUAGAUAGAAAGCAGGAGAUCUGUUUUCUACUGAAUUUUUCACUAACGGCAAGCUUCUUCCUUUAUGUAAAAUAAAUUUAUUGUGAAUUGA